AUUUUUGCAAACACAAGAGUUGAGCGUAUUUAACUUGUUGAAAGUUGGAUAAAAUGCCAACAAUCAUAGCUUUGGAUGCAUCGCUAUCGAUGCUGCGUCCUGUGCCGGGUCGCAAUGAGCACACAUAUCAAUCACUGGCUCUGAAGGGAAUACAACAUCUGCUGGACAAUUUGACGGGAGCCGGGAAACUGGAACAUUUGGCAUUGGUGUCUUACACUACAGUUUGUGAGCUGAAAGUGGAUUUUACGCGGGAUUAUGAUCAGAUACGUCAGGCAAUUAAGAAAAUCGAGCCGCUGGACAAGGCCUGUCUAAUGACGAUGCUGAAGACAAGCGUCAGCUUAAUGGCCACUUGGGGCACUCAGAAUCUGCUGCAGCUUGUGGUGUUUACGGAUUGCGGGCCGGGAUUUGGUAGCACAUCGAUUGCCGGAUUCUUAGAGUGUUAUGUGGGCAAGGAAACCGAACAGGAAUAUGCUUGGCUAAAAACGCUGGCCAACUACAAUUUGAAUUUCAUCUGUCUGGGCGUACACGGAGAUUCAUAUUUUACGCGUGGUCUGACAUUGCAUCAACAGCUCUUGGAUGUGGCUGCUCUUAAGGGUCAGCUGUUUACGACGAAGCCGAUGAAGAGCGGGGCGGAGUCCGGAGAUGCCACCACGGGCGGUAGUCACAAGAGCGAACUGGGACGCACGGCCGUGUUUGAGUUAAUUGAACGCCUCUGUGAGAGCAGCUACAAAUCAACGGAGGUGACUCUCAAAUGCGGCCAUUACUUUCGCAUGGAGAGCCAGGUGCUGCUCUGGCCACCCCCGAUGCCCUAUGAGCAAGGCGCGCUUUAUGGCGGCGAUGCCACAAUUCGUCAUAUUGAACAGCGCAUUGAUAUAUGCGGCUUUCUGGCGUUGUCCGACAUUGGUUCACCGGCUACACUGAGUCGACAUUGGAUACUGCCCAAGGUGGAUCGCGAAAAACCAAGUCGACGCUCUGGCGGAUUGGGAGCAGUUGCAAAACCACCUAAACUAACGUUAGAUACGGGCAAUCCUCACUAUGAGCUGGAGAAGUUGGAGCAGGACAUACGUGAUUUUUACACGAAGGAUGCCAAGGAUACGGAGGAGAGCGGUGACGAUGCCGACGUUGUGGUGCUCAAGCACAGCUCGACCUCACAGUCGGAACAACAAAAGGACACCCUGUGUGUGCUGCUUCAUGGCGCCUUGAAACUGGAGAACAUGGCAGCACUUGUGCUGCUUGGCGAGAAAUGGUAUGGCUUCAUUUACUCCUACACCGAUACUAAGAAGAAGUCCAAUUUAAUGCUCAACAUACUUCCGCCGGGCUCCAAUGUAAUUCCCUGGCUGGGGGAUCUGGAACUGCUGGGCUUUCCCGAAGAUUUAACGCCCGGUGAAACAGCCAGUUUUCCUGUGCGCGCCGAGCGUCGUUCAUAUUCCCAAAGCAGUGUCGUUUGGAUACGCCAGGCGAGUCUACAAUCCGACGUGCAGAAGGUGUUGCGACAUGCCAAGAAAAUGCCGGACAAGACUCAACAUUUCUACAAGGAAUUGAAUCGCAUUCGACGCGCCGCCUUGGCUCUUGGUUUCGUGGAACUGCUCGAAGCUCUGGCCUUGUUGCUGGAGAAGGAAAACGCUCAGUUGACCCUGAACGGUGUCAGCACUGAGUGCACACUGCAGCUGCAACAUGCGGCAACUGAGCUACGGAAAACCUCGAACCGUGACAUUAAGUCCACCAUUGUGCCGCUCCAGAAAGCAACUGCAGCUGAAGCCAGUGCAACCGCUCCAGCAGCUCCAGCGGGCUAUUUAUAUUAAAGUAUACUUUUAAUAAUUAAUAUUAAUGCAUUUUUACUAAUUAAAUAAGUCGUAAAAUGA